AUGGCCGGUCCAGGCGGUGGCCCUCCCCGCAAAAGCCACACCAAGUCGAGGAAUGGAUGCAAGACUUGCAAGAGGAGACACAUUCGCUGUGACGAGACAUUUCCGCAAUGCCGCAACUGUACCAAGCACAACUGCAGAUGCGACUAUCAGGAUAUUCCUGCUGCACGGAGAAGCCCACCAGCACGACAGACUCCGGAUCUACUUGUGACUCCCGAGGUCGAAAGACAAAUCGAGGACUGGCAUAGAACUGGCAUUCCCCCAUAUCCAGAGCUGGCCCAGUGCCCAAAAGCGACAUGGGCUAAGUUGUCGUGGGCUGAACUCCGUCUUGUUCACCAUAUCAUUGGGCUUUCCAUCGAUCUACACAGGCAGGGGUUGAGUAGCUGCACUGUAUGGGCUCAGAAGAUGCCAAAUUUCCUUGUUCUUGCUUUAUCCAACGACUUCGUCAUGAGCGCAAUAUUGGCCUUUUCGGCCUUUCAUCUAGCUUUCCUCACUCGAGAUCAGGAGACCAGGCAGUUGGCUUAUCACUACAGAGUUACCGCUCUGCGUGGCCUCCAGACGGCUAUUGGGUCAUUCUCCAAGGAUAAUUGUGAGGCUAUACUGGCAGCGUCUAUUCUACUUUCAUGGCAGGCAACUGAACGUCAAAGCUGGGUGUCAUUACAACAAGGCAUCUCGACUGUCCUCGAAUCCAUGCAUCCAUUCUGGAAGCAAGAGUCUGAGCUUGUCCAGCUAGUCGAGAGCCACAGGACACUCUGCGCCUCCGAAUACUGCUUCUCCACCGACGAAGACUUGGUUCAGCUUGAGCAAACAGUCCACGCAUUAAAGAUCUCCCAAAAGCGCGUGUCCCAUAAGGCAGAGUACUCGCAACGACUGGGCGAGCUGAUUGAAUUUGUGCAAAAAUUCCGCAAAGACUUCCCGACCCAGUCCUCAGAGCAGACUAUUGAACGCAUCCAAGUUUUGCGCCGAUGGAUCUUUUGGCUCCCAGCCUCCAUGUCUCGGAGUGGAGAGACCGAUCUUAGCGCUCUGAGCAUUCUCGCACAAUUCUUCGCUGUCGGCGUGGCGUUGGACCGCUUCUAUCCCGAAAUGGGGGGUGCAUAUCUAGGCGCCCUGUCCAUCCCUCCAAUCGAAGAGAUCCACCGUAUCCUCGCAGCUCACAGCGCAUCGGAUCCGUACAAUGCCGAGCUACGCCUAGCGCUAUCAUUGAUGGAUUUGCCCCUCCAUAUCGUGGAUAUCUACCGCAGCAGACUGGCCUGGUCUCAUCCACACCCUUCUAUAGAACACUACUCUCCCGCUCCACCAAGCCCCUAUCACAAUAUGCACGAGUACCCCAUGGCCUCCUCUUCUUCGCCCGCUUCUGCUUCUCCUUCUAAUGCCGCAUACACACCUCCUAUCCAAUCACCCCCGGCCGUCACAGUUGCCGGCUCUCCCUACCACCUCGCAGAUACGGGCUAUGUCUCCACCGUAUCUUCUCAAUCGCAAUCCCACUCCCACUCUCACUCUCAAACACUCUACUCCUCCUCACCACAUCUUCUUGAUCACCACGAUCAGCAGCUCCUACCUAAUUUGAGUCAUACAUCCAUGAAUCAGCAUCAGCAUCAUCAUCAACAUAAUGCCUCGGCUUACACACCCCGAUACGGCCAUGGUCCUAUCUGUGUGGAAAUGCCCCACCAUGACGGAACUCUAGGUCUUAAUGUGGAUUUAUAUCAACAGCCACAUUCUUACAAACUGCCCGGGGCGCGUAUGGACAUGACUGCACUAUACUGA